ACUAUAUUUAAAUGCACAAUAAACCUGCACACUCUUCAAUGCAACCCCUAAUAACCCCAAUUUAAAGAAGCAUCAGUUAUCAGCUUUUCCAGUUAUUAACAAUGCACCAAAGUGUUUGUGAUUUUAAAAAUCACCAUCUGAUGUCACAGCUUGUAUUUAGCGCUCAAUCUUUCUUAUACUUCCUCUGAGCGGUUAGGAAAGGUGCACGUUUGUAUGUGUCUCUGUUCUGCAUCCUGUUUAGGCCUCUAGCUCGCUGUGGUUUUGCAUGAUGAAGAAGUGUCAGAGAACAGAAAAACACUCUUUAGGUGGAGCUGGACUGUUACUGUCGCCCUGACACAAGCAGAAGGAAAGAUGCGCACACACACUCUACUUUUACACACUUUUGCUCUUCUUCUGUUGUGUGAUUAUGGGCUGUUCUCCACACUAUCGCCAUCGCGGCCUCCGUCUGAGAGGAGCUUUACUGAAACAAUGAACAUUUCCACUAUAAACAUCACAACAGCAGAUUCAACAGAUCUAAUCAACCAAACAAAUGUCCAAACUACUGAUGACCUUGAGUCGAGUGGUUUAAAUGGGUCUUUAACAUCCGAAGACUUUGACGACACAGAUCCAACUGAUUUAUCUGAAGAAUCUGAACACACCACUGAAUCGAUUUCGUCGACAUCUCGUCCACUGAGCACCACCCGCAUCGCUGCUCCAAAAAAUUCAUCUCCAAAAAAAGGCUCUGGAAAUCUUGUAGUAGGUAUCAUCAUUUUGAUCUUCAUCCUGAUCCUGAUUGGCCUUCUACUUGGCGUGUUGUAUUUUCUGAGAAAGAAAGGAAGGAGUUACUCAUUUGAUCUGACUCGAGUCGACGGACCUGCCAAUGAUUACGACACGCCGCUGAGGAGCGAACAACAGGGCAUAAGCUACGAACAAACCAACAAAGAUCUGCCGGUGUGUUUGGACUAUAUUCAGGAGGAAAAGUCUGAGGAAAAGACGAUGGCCAAUGGAUGUUCAGCUGAGAAAACUGAGCAAACACCUGCCAAUGAAAACGGAGACUCGAAUGUUCCAGAGGAAAACAGUUUCUGCUCGAGCUCGGUCAGCUCGACUCCGCCUUUGAAGAAAGUGGAGUUUAACCUGGACCUGGAUCUGAUUGGAGGAGAAUCAGACUUUAGUAAUCCAGCCGCAUCUGAAGCUGACAACGCAGAGCAGAAUGAAAACAACAAUGCUGCUCGAGGAACAGCAGAAGAGAUCUUCACUGAAGUCAGCCUAGACGAGCCGACUCAUUUUGUGUAAUGUAUUUAUGCAUUAGUGCUAAUGUGCAUUUGUACCCAGAUUCAAACUAUAUCUGCUCCAAAUUUUACAAUUUCGGGCUUUCAGUCUUCCUGACUCUGGGGUUCGUUUCAUUUACAGUCAUGUGAAAAAGUUUUGGCACCCUAUGCACAUACAGUUAUUAUCUAAAGGGGAAAUAAAACCUCAACUGAACAACAUUUUAUAGGAUGAAUAUAAAUAAGUCAGUGCUAAUCAAACACCUUUCGCUCUUCCAGAAAAUCAGGACUUUAAUCAUUACUGACAAAAGUGCAUCUACUGGGUCUGAAUCCUCAGUUUGUCACCCUGCUGUUUCUGUAUUGGCCUUAUUUUUGUUCAAUAAAUAUUGAGACAGGCGACAUGGUGGCUCGGCGGUCAGCACUGUUGCCUCACAACAAUAAGGUCUUUAGUUCGAGUCC